GCUCAUCGGUAUUGAUUUCUAUUGCAAGUGGUUCAUUCUUCUUGUGUGGAGAAUAGUCUUUUUGGGAGAUUCUUUCACCUUUCAAAAUCUCUGGAUAAUAGACAUACUUUCGCGGUUUUUCCCUUUGCAUUUUCUAACACCCACAACUGUGUUGCACUUUUCCGAGAAAUUCGGUAUUUUACCCUUUAUUCAGUGGCAAAAGGAAUUCAAGUGUGAUCCCUUCAAAAAAAAAAGGUGGUCACACAUUUUUGAAAUUCUUAUUCAAGUGAAAAGUUCUUCUUUUUUAUCCCUCUAUUCGCCAGAGUAAUAUUCGUGAUAGAAUUUUUGUGUUUCCCACAACGAUCUUUCUGCAAUUGGAUACAAUUCAGUGAAGAAUGUAUCAAUGAAACUGCAUUCGCAUUGAACGAAAAAAAUUUCAAUACCGGUGAAGUGGAACUACAUUGUGAAAGUAUUUCGUAAUACGAAGAGUUGUGCAGAGGAGAGGAAAAAAAGAGAGGAGAAUAAAUCACAAAAAAGGCCUGAAAAAAGAAUCAAUUAACCUUUUCAUUAAAGUUUAAUAUAGAGCUGGAGUGGUAAAAUUAAACUAUAAAACGAACUAAAACUGCAAAAGGGGCAAAUCAAACCCAGAUGAAGUAUUGAAAAUUUAAUAAGAUCCAAAACCCCUGGGCUUUAGCUGUGGAAUCUCCCCUAAAAAAAAGUUGAUUACAAAGAAGAGAAGAAAAUCAAUUGAAUUUCGCAAAAGAAACCACAAAAUAUUUUAUAAAGAAAGGUCUUCAACGAAAAAGAAUUAUUCAUGAUUGGCUCAUUCUGGAAUUUGUGCAGAGCGUGUCCAUCAAUGCCAAUCGAUAAGCUCCAUUCGGAAUAUCGUAGCACUUAUCGAUGGCAUGAAUAUACUGGAGGAUCAAGACCAGAAGUGGUCCGCAGACCACCGAUGCCCAAUCAAUUUGUCAGCUCUGCGGACCAUUUUUACUCAAAAUCAACAGAAGAGGAUAAGCCUGCUGAAGCACCAAUAAAUGAGCCUCCACUGCCAAGGCGGAAGAAAUGCCCGGAGUUAGCCUAUAAAACUCACGAAUUCAUGUCUUGUAAUGCAACUAAUACGAGGGAUACGAAUAUAACUAGAGCUCGGCCUGGAGAACGCUGUCAGGUUCCUUCAAGACGUAGUAAAUCUGAAGGUCCUCCAGAGAGUGUGGCAAAUGGACGCGCAUCUUCAGCGAUGCGUGAUAUAGUGGAUGGGAACCAAUUGUCUGUGAAAAAGACUGGUGAGUCAAGUGGACUAUUCAAAAAGACAAUAUCAAAACUGAGCACAGAGUAUCGUCUGCAAUUUGUGUGGCCUAAUGUACAUAGGGUCAGACGAGGGCAAACAGAUGAUACUGUGGAGCCUCCUAGAAAAUCAAUAUCAAUGGGCGCUAUCAAACAACCGGCGCAGUCAAUUCCAAUUACAUCAGUACAUAAAAAAAGAACAACAGAAAAAAGAGAAGCUGCUGCUUUCGAGUUAGAGCCAUUGGUAACAAAGCUUGAUGAAACUUUGCACAAUAACACUGAUAAAACGAUGUAUAGGAAGAAGAAUUACAUUGCGGAGCCAAUUGAUAACAAUCAAAGAUACUCUGAGAAGGAGAAAUAUGGAUUUUCAUCAGAUAAAGCUGAUACCAUUACUAGAAAUGACAAUAAUUUGAUGGCAAAUGGAUAUGGAGUACAUGGUGAUUCAUGGUUCAAGGAGGUCCUUGAAUUGAGGAAGAAAGCCGGUGAAUAUAAGUGCCGAGGAUGGGGUAUUGAGAUUGAUCCUGAUUUAUAUAAGAAGCAAGAAAAGCUUUGGGAGCAAGUUUCACGUCGCAGCUCACUGUCUGCUCUAUCGCUUGCAUCUACAGUGCGUCCUUUCACCAAAGAGGAGAAAGAUAAAGAGAACACGAAGAAGAGCUCCCCUACCAAAGUACCCACACACAGGGGCCAAGUUUAUCCAACAUUUGACAGCAAUGCUUUCCUUCGACGCGAUGCUGUGCGUCAUCAUCUCGAAAGAACUACUGGUCCCGAUGUGGAAGAGGGGACACUUUUGCCAUCACCAACACGAGAUAAACUAAUGCCAACGAUUCCAAAGAGUAAAGAGGAUGAGUACUACUCCGUUCAGCGUGGUAGCCCAAAGAAGAGUAUUACAUCGCGUCAUGAGAGCCCGCAGAAAUCUAGUCCGCAAAAGGGAAGCCCUAAGAAGAUCCCAAAGGGCAGCCAUAAGGGACGAUCUCAGUCAGUUGGGCCAACAGUUACGGACUCUGCGGGCUCACCGAAGAGACAAUCACGAUCUACCAGCAGUGCAACAGCCCCAACAGCAACCACCCCUGCUGGGAAGGUAGCCAAAAAGGGGCCAGGGCCUGAAGAACGUCGCCCAAGACCAACCACCCUAUCCACAACUCCAAAAUCUUUCCGUACCAAGAGUAGCAGAACACUCUCGGCUCCCAAUUCCCAUUUACCCAAUCCAUCACUAUAUGGUGAUGCAGAUGCACCAAAUAAUAAAAAUGCCACCCAUACGCAUCCCAUUGCUCCUCAUUUGCGUAAAUCAGUUAAAACAGCUAACAACCAACAGUUGAGACCAAAGUCAGCCGUGAUAAAUGGUGAUCCGAUGGCCGAUUCCAUGAUCAGAUUCAAUCGGCGAAAUACAAAGAAAUCGGCGGAAACUGAAGAUGAUGGUGAUGAUGGGAGAGGUGAUAGUCCGGCAUUGCGCCAUGAAACGGCUGAAUAUAUUGUUAAAUCACCGCCAGAGCCUACAAGGGUGAAGUCACCUGAGCAGAUAUUGAUGCGUUCGCCGGAUCCUGUGAAUUGGACAGUGCCUCUUGAUACUGGGAAGACAUUCACUGUUACACAAAAUGUGCGCGAUGGUGAAGCUGUUAUGAGACCCCAUAGUGACUUUAAAGCUUCCACACCAGUUGAUAAACCACCACCACCACCACUUUCAGCACCGCCAGAGCUAGCAGAGCAGCUAAGAUUGGAAGCCUCUAAGGAUAUUCAAGUGGGGAAAAUGGGUGAUAUUGCAGAUGAAAAGGGACAAAGUGUACAGCAUGCUCAAAAGACACCUGAUCCCAUGACAAUGUCAACUAUUACGGCUCCAUCGCAGUCUGUUGUAGCUGAGGGGAGAUUCGAUAAACCAGUACCAGGUUCAACAUUGCGUCGUCUUGAGGAUCCUGCCUAUGAGCAUGAUACAAAAUCACGUCAGGGUGUGCCAAGCACGGAAUCUUUUGAGAAAGCUCACGAUCGUUUUGAUCGUUUCUGGGGUGGGGAGAAGGCUUAAGGCUAAAAUGAAAAAAAAAAGAAAAGAAAACACAAUAAAAUAAUUGAAGAGAAGAAUUAUAUAUAUAAUAGAUACCCUAGAAAAUGUGGUAAAUUCGCUAUGACAGGGUAGUAAAAAAAAAUAGGGGCAUAGCUCCGAUAGGGUUAGAACGAAUUAAAAGCGACGUACGGAUUACCCUAUUGUGGACUCAGCCUUACGUUUAAUAGCAGCGUAAUUUCUCACAUAUUAAGAGCAAACACAACCACAUUUAAGAAUAUAUAAAUUAAAAGAAAGGAAAAUUGAUAAAAUCAGAAUGCAUAAAUUAUAUAAAGUAUUAAGUUUUAUAUACAAAAUACACUAUAUACUUUAUGUCAAAAGUAGACAAGGAUAUUAUAAUAAAAUAUAUAUAUUUAAUAAACAUUUGCGAUACAAGUCAAAUUUAAUAUUGAAACAAAAAAAAAAUAUAAAAUAUUGUUGAUUCAACCCCCUUAUAUAGUAACUUCAUUAAAUAGUCUAAAUGUCGUUUUUAUUAAACUUUGCAACAAUUUCUAUAUACGAUAGUGCAGCGCAAUAGAAUGUUCAUUGAAUGCUGCAAGAAAUAAAAUAUCUACCUAUAAGUUUUUUUGUGUGAUUAUCGAGUGACGAUGAAAAAAAAAUAGAAAAGAAAAAAAACUCUUAACAAUAUUGAAACGACACAGAAGGAGUUAAUAAAGAGUCAUUGAUAUUAAUUUAAUGAACGAACAUUCCCCAUAAUAUUCCGAUAAAAUAGAAGAGAAGAAGAUGAGAAAAGAGAAGAAGACAUUUUUCCACUAUUCCAAUAUCCAUUCUCACUACUUAAAUAAUUUUCUCAAUAAUCACCAUUUUACAUAAAAAUAUAAUAAUAAAAAAAUGCCUAAUGAAAUUAAAAAAGAGGUUCAUCGCAAUGUCAAUCAUCAUCAGGAACAGGACCUGUCGCGGGACUAAAAACUUAUGACACGUCCUCAUUUGGAACGGGUGAGUUCCUUCCAACGUUUAAAAAGGGUAUAAUAUAAUAAUAAAAAUUCAAAAGCCCCCCAAAGUCUCAAAAAAUCUAUAUAUUAUACAUAUUAAUAAUGUAAUAGUUUCAAAGUAUACAGGAAAAUGCAUAAUAGAUAACGGAAUCUGUCCGUCUAUAUUCAUCUUUGCAAUCUACCAGAGAAACCCAAAGAGUUUUUUUUCUUCAAGAAAUUCAAUAACAUUUUACAUGCCAUAUUGAAGGGGUCUCCCUAAGACGAAAAUUAAAAUAUAGAAAGAAAAAUGAAGAAGCUCUUAAAGAGGAAUGAUGAGAAUGAAACACCCACUUUAUUCCGCACAAUACAUUUUUUUUAUUUUUAAACUACAAGCAAGGACAUUUUUUCCUUCUUAUUUUAAAAUUUAAUAUCGCUGUCUAAAAUUAAAAUUUCCCUGAAAGACUGCCACGUGACGAUGGCGUGCUUUUCACACCCUUCUUGUCAUACUUUUGCAUUAUUUCUUUUCGUCGUAAAAAAGCAUUGUGUGCAUAGACCUAGUGGUAUGCUGUGAAAUAUACUUUUUCUUACAUUUUAUGAUACAAAUUUAAAGUUUGACUAAGAAUUAAAAGCGAAAGAAUCACAGCUAAAAUCAGUGGGUUAAAGAGAAAAACUCAUUUUUGAAACUAAAGAAAAAUUGAGCUUUCCCGUUUAGACCUGGUUGAAGAAGAAUUAUUUUUAUCUGAUUCCUUUUGGAUCCCUUUUUCCUCCAUCAGACAGGAUUCCCACUUCUACAUCUGCGCCUAUGGAAUGUUGUGAUUAAAAAACUAGGAAAACUUAGCUUAGGGUUUGCUUAUUGUUAGAUUUUCUUCAAAGAUCGUUAGAGAAGUCACAAAUCUCUUUUUCUUUUUUAUCUUCUUCAGUUGAUUAAAUUUAAUGGAAAAUCACAGAAUAAUUCCAUACAGAAUUUUAAUAUAGGUACAAGAAUUCCCUGAAAAAUCCCAAAGUUACUGCCCAAAUAUAACGGCUGCCAUUUUGAAAAAUUGACUGCCAUCUUGAAAAUUUUUCCUUUAACCCAUUGAGAAUUUUGCGGGCCAAAGUGGCCAAUUCGACCUUUUUUUUUAAUCGCUACAGAAUUAAAAUCUAUUUAAGAUUUCGUAAUAAAUUCUACAUCCGUGUAUAGGGAAGCUUCAUUACUUCAAUAUCGUCGAAAGAAAAUUUGAAAAAUACUUUCUUUUGAGAGAAAAUAAAGGUUAAAUUUUUGACGUUAGAAACCUCGAUCCUCCAAGUGUUAACAAAGUUACAAGAGAUGUAUCAUAAAAUGUAAUCAUAAAUAAUUCACGUGUACCGCAUGCACUGAUGUUCAGAGAAAGGAACAAGAGGACUAGGUGUAUCAAAUUCAUUCUACGAUUUGCAGAAUCAAUUUCAAUAAAUUAGUAUACACACGAUUUGCUGUUUACAAAUUAAUUUUAUAGCAAUUUGUACUGUACAUGUGUUCAGUACAUAAUGUUUCAGUGCCAAUAACAAAAGUGAUGCGUUGCUGAAAGCGCAAUGUCGUGGACUUAUUUAUGAGGGGUGUAGUGUACAUAUUGAUACAAUCAUUCAUCUAAAAUUUAAAUUAAAUGCAUAAUACUCCAACUUAUAGAUUUUUACCCGAACAAAAAAUGUCAUGCAGCAUAUUUUAGUUGGAAUUUUCAUUUUAAUUGGAAUAAAUUUUUUUUUAUUAGAGAAUAUAUGAUGUGGGGCGGAGGCGGGGUGGCGUAUUAUAAAGCACAUUUUCCCCAUUGUCACCACAAUUAUUUUCUGCUUAACAAUGGUUUUUCUAUAUAGAACCCAGAAUCAAAUGGGUUAUGUAUGCAUGCUGGAUAAAUUUGCACAUGAAAUUAUUUCUUCCACAAAUAUACUCAGGUAUACAAUUACAAUAUAUUUUCCUCGUUAAUAGCCCCAUCUUUUGCUGCUUGAUGAAGUAAACAUGAGAAAAAAUUUCAUUAACAUUUUCUUUGCUUUUUUUAUACACACAUUCAAGAGAGAGAGAGAUAAAUUAAAAUAUUCCCAUGGGAAUUAGUGCGUUGAGUGGGUGUUUCGGUAAAGUGAUUGCCCGUCCAUUUCCAAUCAUUUAUAUUUUUUCCGGAAGAAAUAAAAAUUUGUAUAUAGAAACAUAUGCGUACAUACAGAUGCUGUGGGUAUGCGCAAAAGUAUUCUGAUUAUUGUUUAUAAAAGAAAUAUAAGAGAUAUAUUUGUGGUGUUCUCCCACGGGAUUCACAUGCAAUAUACAUUGUAUGUAUACACAGAUAUGUAAAUCUAAUUUCUUUUUUUUUAAACUUCAUAUUUUUCCAACAAACACAUUCAUACUUUCACGUGUUCUUCGAGGAGAUAUAUAAAUUUUUCUUUCAUUCUUAUUUUUACCAUUUGAAAAAAAAUCGAAGAAAAGAGUAUGGAUUGUGAAAUAAAUCCUAUUUCCAUGCGUUUUGUAGAGAAAGGAUGGUUAAAAAAAAUAUGAUUGAAAAGAAGAGAGCCUUGUUGAUAAAGGGAAGAAGUAGAUCUAUCACAAUUUAUACAAUCUUAGAUAUAUUGCAAUAUCCAAUGUACAAGGCAGAGAAAAUUUUCUAUACACUAUGAACCCACUAAAGGAUUUAUAUUUAAGUUUCUUUUGCUAUGUAUAUGAACAUAUAUUGUUUGAAUUCCUUUCCUGUGAGAGGAAAUUUCAAAAGGAGGCAGUAGGAAAACUUCUGCAAAGACUUUCCCCAUCAAGAACACUGUAUGUACGAAUAUGUCAAUAUUUUGUAUUGCCAAAGACAUUGUUUUUAACUGAAUUUACGAUAAACACAUUUUGCUAAAAGUUCAUGCAGAAUUACACAAAAGAAUUAUUAAUAAAUCAUACACCAUGAUGCUUUCGUGUAUGUGCUUUUUACUCUAGUUCGCCUUUUGUGUUCCAUAUAUACAAGAAAACAUACAUAUUUACAACAUUUUUGUAGCUUGAAGUAAUAUUUUUCUAUAAUUCAGAACAUAAAUUAUGGACGAGCGCAUAGAUUACAUUUUUUUUCUCACACACAAAUCUCCCCUAUAUAAUAAAAAUGGGGAGGAAAAAAGGUUAAACAAUCCGAUAGCCUGGUUAUACAUUAAACCAACAUUAUAUUUUGUAUGGAUAUCAUGCAAAAAUUGAUUUUGGUUUACCUUCCAGCAGUCGAUUGAUUGAGAUAAAAUGUGAAGAGAAAGAAAUAGAUUUUUUUUUUUGAAAUAUAAGAAAGAAAUUGUUGAAAUAUGAAAAAAAAUGAUAUUCAAAAAAAUGAAAGAAACAGAAAAAUUAGCUGAAAACAAGAAUAUAAUCUAUUAUGUAUAAUGGAGAAAUAAAGUGCACGAAUUAUUUCAAAAAAA